UUGGGAACAACAACUUUCUUGUAUUAAGUUAUACAUGAAAGCUUAUCUAAAAAUAAAUUUAACUAAUUACAACAAGCCCCAAAAAACCAAAAAAAAAAAAAAAAAUCUAAGUAGGUGGGGAAAUAUACUUAAUACUAUUUCGAUAAGGUAAUUAACAACCAAAAAGCAGUAGGUACCCUUGUGUGGGUCUAUCAUCUUUCUCCCCAAAUCACUGUAAUAAAAACCACAAACCCUAAAACACACACAAAACCCUAAUUUCCCACUCACAAACCCCAAAUUCCAAAAUUCAUUUCUGCAAUUCAACACCAUGAGUGCUCUGAUCACCACAAGGUCUCCGACAUCUUAUCAACUCCGAUUAUCCGGCGUGAAUUGCCGGAAAUACCCUUCGCCGUCGGUGUUUUUACGGAUGCAUGUUCACAAGCUAGAGUAUCAAAUUCAUUGCUUUUCUGGUUCUGUUGAUAAUACGAAUGCGAUUAAACGUCGACGUAGAGGUUUUGAUUGUUCUGUUAAAGCUUUUUCUGGGUGGUCUGGUGAGGAUGAUAAUGGUGCUGAGGUUUUGAAUGAAAAUUCGGAGAAAAAAAGGUGGUCUGGAGGCAUAGUGGGAGCUGCAGUAGCAGGGGUUGUUCUCGUCGGUGGACUCGCCUUCGCAACUUUAUCUAUAAAUAGACGUGCGUCUGGGCCAAAAAAGAACAUGGAAACUUUGACGAAACAUCAGGAAGAGUCAUUGACCUCUGAUCAGAAUGAUAAUGUUGAAGAUGAAGGAACCGAGACAAAAAACGAUAACUAUGUUUCCAACGAAAAAGAAAAUGAAAUUACGAAUGAUAAUGAACCCGACCAUAGUACCGCCAUCGAAGGCAGCGAUGUGACGGACAACGUUUCUGUACAACAGGAGUUACAAGAGGAGUUACCUGAACACAAAUCCAAUGUUGAUGAUGAUCCGGUUGAUGCAUCAAGCAUUGUGAAUCACGAGGACAAUCUUGUUGAUGAGAACCUUGAAUCGAGUAAUAAUAUAUUAGAAGAUGUGCCGGCAGAUGUCAAAGUUGCAGAUUCCGUGGUCACAGACGUAAACUCGAUAAAUCCUGAUACGGGUUCCGACGAGGUAGAUACUGUAAUAAGCGGCUCAGAUCUAUCCAGCUCAUCACCACCCUCGGUUAAUAUACAGAGUGAGCAGGUGAAUGUGAUAUUGGAGCCUACUAGCUCAAAAAACGAAGAUUUUGACAAUAAAGAAACACAAGUGUUCUCAGGGGAGUCAUUAACGUAUACAUAUGAAAAUGAAAAAAAUGAUAUUGAUUUUAAUAAAGAAAUUAAAGAAACGUUUUUUGAGUCGGUGGAUCUCGGAAAGAUUUCUUCUACCGCAAGCAUUCCAGCUCCGUCUGUACUUUCGCCUGCUCUGCAAGCCCUCCCUGGGAAGGUGUUAGUUCCUGCGGUUGUUGAUCAAGUUCAGGGGCAAGCAUUAGCAGCAUUGCAAGUAUUAAAGGUUAUUGAAGGUGAUGUUCAGCCCGGUGACUUGUGCUCACGCCGUGAAUAUGCUCGAUGGUUGGUUUCUGCCAGCAGUGCUCUUUCUAGAAAUACUAUAUCCAAAGUGUACCCUGCAAUGUAUAUCGAGAAUGUUACUGAACUUGCAUUUGAUGAUAUCACACCUGAAGAUCCUGAUUUCUCUUCCAUUCAAGGCUUGGCAGAAGCUGGACUCAUUGCCAGUAAGCUCUCUCAACGUGACAUGAACAUUUCAAAUCAAGACGAUAGCUCUCUGCAUUUUUAUCCCGAAAGCCCUUUAUCUCGACAGGAUCUUGUGAGCUGGAAAAUGUCCCUGGAAAAAAGACUGCUUCCUGUAGCUGACAGAACGAUCCUUCAGCAACUUUCUGGUUUCAUAGACACUGACAAGAUCAAUCCAGAUGCUUGGCCUGCACUCAUAGCAGAUUUAUCAGCAGGCGAAAAUGGAAUCGUAAGCCUUGCUUUUGGUUACACGAGACUAUUUCAGCCCGAUAAACCUGUGACAAAAGCACAAGCUGCUAUUGCGCUUGCAACGGGUGAAGCUUCCGAUAUAGUCAGUGAAGAACUUGCGCGCAUAGAAGCAGAAUCAAUGGCUGAAAAAGCUGUUGCUGCGCAUACCGCUCUUGUUGAUCAAGUACAAAAAGACAUCAACACGUAUUACGAAAACGACCUUCAACUAGAAAGGGAAAAAAUAACUGCUUUAGAGAAACUAGCUGAAGAAACACGGCAGGAAUUGGACCGGUUAAAAGCCGAACAAGAGGAACAAAACGUUAGAAUAAUGAAAGAACGAGCGGCUGUUGAUUCGCAAAUGGAAAUGCUUUCGAAGUUGAGGCGUGAAGCAGAGGAAGAAUUGCAGGGAAUUAUGAGUAAUAAAGUGGAAAUAUCGUAUGAAAAAGAAAGAAUAAAUAAACUUAGGACGGAUGCGGAAAUCGAGAAUCAGGAGAUUGUACGGUUACAAUAUGAAUUAGAAGUCGAGAGGAAAGCUUUAGCAAUGGCCAGAUCUUGGGCAGAAGAUGAGGCCAAAAGAGCAAGAGAGCAAGCGAAAGUUCUAGAAGAUGCUAGAAGCCAAUGGGAGAGUCAGGGCCUUAAGGUAAUUGUGGACAAAGAUCUUCGUGACGAGUCAAUGACUGAGUCAACAUGGGUCAAUGCUCAGAAAACGUUUUCAGUUGAAGAGACCGAGACCCGAGCAGAAACACUGGUUGACCAACUAAAGUCAAUGGCAGCCAAUGUUAAGGGAAAAUCUAAACAGAUCAUUAAUAUGGUGAUCGAAAAGGUACAACUUUUUAUAUCCCAAUUGAAAGAACUGUGUUCAAAGACUGUGAACCAUGUGGGUGCGGUCAAAGAUGGGGUUGUGUUGAAAGUCAACGGGUCAAUGCAAGAUUUGCAGCAGAGUACGGCUGGGUUGAGUUUGGCUGCUAAAGAUGGUGUGAAGCGAGUUGUCGGUGAUUGCAGAGAAGGAGUUGAGAAACUCUCACAGAAGUUCAAGACAUGAGUAUGGUUUUUUUUUUCUUUUUGUAAUUUUGUAAACCUGACUUAUAUUCGCCCGUUUUCGAGAUUGAAUAAUAAUGGGUUUGGAGAUGGUUGCAAAUUGUAUUUUAUGGAGUACCUGUUGUUGGUACAAAAUGUGGGAAUAAACUUAUAGCGUUAAGAUUUGAGGCUAACUCUUCAUUCAUAGUGAAGUAUCUUUUUGUUCC